UGUUAAAUCACCGAUGAAGUUUCAAAUCAACCCUCGUUCGUAACGUUAUACCUGUCUAAUCUCGUAGAUUGGUCUUAGGUGUGCCCCGAUAAAUCGCGGCAACUCAUCGCCGACCGUAACUUUAUUACAAACUCGCGGCUUUACACCCAUUUAAUUUUUUCACAUUCGUCGGACAUCGACGCGCACCUACGUACACACGUUGUACACGCGUAACCCGGUGUACUUUAGCGGCGUGUACGAAAUUUUGUUUGAAAAAGAAGUAAAGAAAAUUAAAAAUUUUCAACGCAAAUUUCCGCCGCUGAUUAAAUUCCGCCCAGCCCACUGGGCUGAUUUUUGUCCCACACGUAGCUGAGUCAAUUUGCCGUUUACUUGGCAAUUAUUUUUUCAACCCCAUGUGACAGUUGUACGAGUGGUGAGUGAAGUUAAAAAAAUUUUAUCGUAUCGCGUAUCAUUAUAAUAACUCGAUCAAUAGACGUGGACGUGUAUACGUAUCAUAUCGAUCGGUUUAUAGGUCAAAUAUUUAAUCAAAAAGACCUAUAGAUCGGAGCUAAACGAGCGCAAUAUAAGGGAGUGUCUACUAAGGGUGCGGCACUGCGUCAUUUUUUUCUGUGAAAUUUAACGUCAAGGGCAACGUGCAAAAUUUCAGUCGGGCAUACGGGUCAAACUUACACGCGUAUAAGGUGACACUUGAAGGGAGAGUUGGAACUCGGCCAGAUAGAAGAGAAGAGAGAGAACGAAAAACGGAGGAGCAAAAAUUUGGAGGAAGACAAACGAGAUAACUGACACGAGGAUUAGUGAAUUCGGCAAUCGAUCGGGUACGACCCGUUUUGGACUCCGCCGCUGAUACAUUUACUGUACAGUUAUCGAUGUGGUAGGAGGCGUCGCCGCGUCGGGACGCCCGAGCUGUCAUCAGGCUCUCUUCAUAACAUAUACCGCUCGAUUUUUCUGACCUUCAAGUUCGUGCGAUACGCCCUUGAACGCCAUUGGAAAAGCAGAGCAAUCGGUAAUAGACUCGGAAUCGAAAACAGCGCGGUGUAUAUGAAAACCAGAAGAACUGUUCAAUAGUUAUAAUCAAAACAAGUCGGAAAUAUAUACGUAUGGGUGGAUAAAUUGAAUUGUAAAACGUGUACGUGGGUGGUUUCACCUUCGCUAAUAUCUGGACGUAAUGAAACAAGUGGAAUAGUUCGAAGCCGUUGACGACACGCUGCUCCAACAGCGAGGAUUAAACAGUUCGAACGCAAGUGCUGGAAGAUAAAUAAAUAGACCCAUUUAAUUGCAAUCUAUUAGGAACCCACGAACACAUGGGUCCAAUCGCCCACGCGAUUCGAAAACUGUAAUACCAUAGAUCAGCUUCAAUAGUAUUAACAAAAGUGGAGAAAAUGGCGGAACACGUGCUAACGCUUCUUUUAUUCAUAUUGGCUACGGUCGUUCCGAAUAUAUCUGCACGCGGUGGUUGCAAACUGGUACCCACCGAUGAUCCGAGGGACAUAGUUUAUUCCUGCGUGGAAGCCACACUCAACGAUCUCGACGCUCUUCCCAGCGAGGCGCAAUGGAUUCAACUCAGUGUAUCAAAACUCGAGGAUAUACCAAAGAAGGCGUUCGCCAGAUUCGCUUUGCGCAAGUUAUCCUUCUACAACUGCGACAUCAGAUAUAUCGAUCCAGCUGCCUUCGAAGGUCUCAAACACUUGGAGUGGCUGACCAUUUACGGAUCGAACGUUCCGAUCGUCAAAAGUUCGUGGUUCGAAGGGUUGAAAAGCCUGACGCACCUCUCGUUGGAGAAGAACAAAAUCGCCUACAUCGAACCCGACGUAUUCACGAACAUUCCGCGCCUCGAACUGUUGAACAUCGAAGACAACAACCUGAACUGUUUGGCGGGGAAUCCCCUGCCACGUUUGAGAAACAUUAGGCACGUCAGAAUCGGGAAAAACCCUUGGAUGUGCACCUGCUACACGGAACUCGUCAGGUGGUUGAUCAAUAAGCAGAUAAACUUCGGAUCGAAAAGUCCAUCGAGAAUAAGGUACGAAUGCAUGGCGGACUCCAGCACGCUCGCGAUACGAAGCAACGCGCAGUCGUUGACAUCCAUCAGGGAAGAACGGCAACAGUUGUACGAAACAUCUUCGAGUUCUGAGAACAGAAAUUUCGUCAGCAGUCGAAACGGUAACGUACUUUUCACCGGCAAUCAUUUCUCAGACGUGUGCAGAAUACCGGACAACGUUCAGGCGAUCAAAUUUUCGGGUAGAGUAGUCUCGGAAAUACCGGCGUACGCUUUCAUCAGAUUCGGCAAUACCUUGAGGAGCCUUGAUCUGAGCAACUCGAGCAUCGGACGCAUAGACGCCGAAGCUUUCGCCGGUCUGCCGAAAUUGGAGCAACUCAUACUUUCCAACAAUGGCAUAGCCAAAGUGCGAGCCGAAUGGUUCAGAGAUCUCCACAGUCUGAAGGACCUCGUGCUCGACAAUAAUCGGAUAGAACACAUCGAUCGUGGGGUAUUCGAACAGCUCGGUGGACUCAUCAAUCUGAGCUUGAAUCACAAUGCCAUACAGUGUCUUUCGAUCGACGCGUUCUCCCUGUUGCAUAAUUUGAAGAAAGUAAACAUACGCGACAAUUCGUGGACUUGCAACUGCCAAGAAGGUUUCACCUCAUGGCUACUCCGAAAUCAAAUCGCUUACGAAUUUAGCUCGGGGCAAUGCAAGGAGGCGAACGUUCAGACGGUCAACGAUAAACACGAGUCGCAAGUUUCGAGCAAUUCGUUCGGUUAUGCGAAUGGCAGCAAACACUCCCAAGAAGAACAUCGCAGCGUGAACGUUACAGGCGGUGGAUACAAUCAGAGUUGGUCAUCGGAAUUCACGAGUUAUCGCAAUGAAAGUCAAGUGACGACGAAUAAUAACGAGGCACGCGAGAGUCAAAACGGAGAUGUCAUGAGCUACGAGUAUUACACCAAAAUGAAGGAACAAAUGAUGCACGACCUGCGAUCGAAACAAGAGGAGUUCCAACGACUGCAAAAGGAACAACAAUCGCAAUCGCAGAUUGUUCUGCAACAACGCCAACAACAAUUGCCGCUAAAUCGGAAAGUUAUACAGAGUCAAUUUGAACAAAUGCAAUGGCAGAGCGACCAGCCGCAGCCAAUCGGAGAAACUCACCAAGAGAUACGGCAGCGAGAAGAAACUUGGAGAUCGAAUAGUCGGGAGUACGCAUCGGCGUCAACGUCGGUCCACGACUCCGUCGCCACUUUCCAAAACUCUGAAGUUUUCAAGCAGAUCGGCUACGCCAGAUGUCAACCUGUGACGCCGCGAUCGUCGUAUGUGAGAAACGCGUACGAAUGCGUCGGUGGAACACUGCGUGACCUCGAUAGAAUUCCGGAGCAGGCGGAAUCGAUCAAAUUCGAAAACGCUCUGAUGCCAGUCAUACCGAACGACGCGUUUUAUCGGUUCGGAAGUAACCUUCGAAUUCUGGAGCUCUCCAACUGCAGCAUUCAGAGGAUCGAACCGCAGGCUUUUUCGGGUUUGGUCAAUUUACAAGAGCUGAUCCUAAACAGAAACUACAUAAACGAAGUGCUGCCCGAUUGGUUCGUCUGCAUGUCGAACUUGGAACGAUUGUCUUUAUCCCAAAAUUCCAUAACGAGAAUCACUCCCUCGAUUUAUCCGUAUCUGAUAAACCUGAGGCGAUUGGACGUCAGAGACAAUCAAAUAAACUGUUUCGGAGCCGACCCCAAUUUCCGCAUGCCGCGAUUGCAGACCAUGGACAUCGGUAGAAAUCCCUGGUCGUGUCUCUGCCUGAGAAAAAUGAUCGAAUGGAUGAACGAGCGCAGAAUAGUUUACAACCAAGAUGUGAUAUGGGACCACUUAGCCUGGGACUGCAUAAUACCGGGAUUCACCAAUCCUCACAUCGAAACGACGACGCAAAUAAUACAUCGACCUACGAGUCGACCCGCAAGACCGAUCACCUUACCACCGCCACCUCCCGUUAUAUUCACAACCCCGCGACCGCCGGUACGUCCGACCGUCCAGCCAACCGUCCAGCCAACCGUACGACCACCUCUACCUCCGAUCGUACCCCCGGUUGCACAGCCUUCGACGGGACAUUGCAAUUCUAUGAACUGGGACGGUACGAACAACGUCGUGGUGUGCGUCGGGGGCGACUUGUCUACUCUAUUUAGAAUAGACGAUCGAGUUGAAAGUAUCGAGAUAGUAAACGCCUCGAUGUUCCAUCUGCCAGCUGACGUGUUCAAAAGAUUUGUGAAUCUGAAAAGAUUGCGAUUCCAGAAUUGCAGCAUCCAAGACAUCGACCCCCUCGCUUUUUCAGGUCUUCACAAACUGGAGUCUUUGGACAUCGUGGACAACUACAUACCUAACGUUAAAUCGAUCUGGUUCCACGACAUGGCGUCUCUUACCGAACUCAGGCUGGACAGAAAUCACAUAGUGGAAAUUGAGGCCGAUCUGUUCGAGUAUUUGCGAAAACUGCGCGUACUUUCCCUACGGGACAACGGGAUCCAAUGCAUUUACACCAGAUCUUUGUACUCGCUGGAUAAUUUGAAAGAAGCUUCGCUAGAAGGCAACAGAUUCAAGUGGAGAUGUUUCGUCGAAUUGUCGCAGUUUUUGAACACGCGCAACGUCAGUCACGUGCAUUUCGAAUCCCUCGAAGGAGGAGAACCUUUCAUGUGCGAUCCAGUUGCGGCGCCCAGUAAUUACACGCAACAUUCGAGCGGCACCAACACUUCCACGUCAACCGUUAACGUGUUAUGCGCAUCCAUAGCGAUGCUUAUUUUCACAAAGUUCUAACGUCAGUACGCAAAAAUAGACGGCCUUUUGCCAUCAACUAAUAUUACACUUUACAGACUAGCGCGUCACCGAAAUAAAAUUUCGAAAUGCUUACAGCGUGUGCGUAUAUGUAUAUCACAUUACGUAUAUGUAUAUACGUGACUAUGAAUUACGGUUAUUGAAUAUGCCUUGAAUAAAAAUAUAUAUAUAUAUAAUCACCAAACGAGAAAUCCAGCAAAGAUGAUUUACAAAUUCACUUGUCAAUAUGUGAAGUGAUCUUUUUAAUUCGGUGCAGUAGAAGUAAAAAUUUCGCGUUACGUAAACUUGACAAAGGUCAAAUCAUCUUUGCUCGAAAUCGAAUCUCAGGAGACGCAUCUGUAAACAAAUAUAACGAUGCAGAAAUUUACGCCAGAUAUAAAUUCUAGGUCAGGUUUAUGCAUCGAAUUCGUGUUCGUGGCUCGUCUUCUAUAUUUACACUCUGCUUCCAAGCUAUUCAAUAGCGAAAAGAGAUCCGUGUGUUCGUAUAAAUUUUCUAUUUUCUUCUUUCUUUCUUUCUUUUCUAAUGUCUUAAAAUAGUGCCAUCAUAAGUUUUUUUAUAUUCCAAGACUUUAUUUAAAAUAAUUGUACCUACUAACCUACGAACGCAUAGUAUACAAACGUAUGUAUAAGUAUACACGUAAUACGUACAUUAGAAAUAUACUAUAGUUAUAUUUCAUUCAAUUUUAACGAAAUAACUACUAAGCGAUUUGAUAGAAAAAUUAUUUACUCACAAAGAACAGAACAGAGAACAAAGAACAAAACAAAUACAUAAAUCAACAUGAAAAUAUACGUGCCUUAAAAUUGUACAAAAGACACCGAAACUUCCAUUUCUAUUACAAACAGUUAUACAUAUAUGUAAUAAUACGCGUAAUGAAGUAUAUGCAUCUAUUAUACGUAAUAUACGUGCAUCCGUAGGGUAUAUAUACAGAUAAUAUUUACAAAGGCUGUGUUCACCAAUCGACUUAAACCCGCACAAACAAUAUUAUAAUAUUAACAAUUAAGUACGAAGCCAAAACAAAAAUCAAAACCUUUACUUAUUAUUGUUAAUAUUUACCAUAAUUAUCAUUAAUUUAUUGUCAUUAUUAUUGUUGUUAUUAUUAUUAUUAUUACUAUUAAGUGUAUAGCUUUAUGUUAAAUCUGUUUCAUAACAAACACAUAGCUGGUAACAAGUAGUAUAAACAAAUGUGUGUAACAAAGAUACAUAAAUAUAUACUUAUAGAUAUUUAUAAAAUGUUAUGUAAUUGAAGUAGAAAAUUCAUUCGCGAACAAAAGAAAAGGUAUUGCUUCGGUAAUGUAGCAUCGGAAUAUAUACUAUACAUGUAUCAUACGUUUUUAAUUGAUAAAAUUUCUUCCACUUUAGAAUAUGAAAAUAAAAUCGUGCGCUGCA